CCGAAAGUGAUCAGACUAACAGACUGAAGGAGACGGUGCAACACUAAAAGAGGUCUAGCGCUGUUAUUGAUACGAAAACCGAACCCUGAACGAGAUGAGUCAAAUGCGUGAAGAAGUAGAGUUGGAAAAAAGUACGAGGCGACUGAGAGAGAAGUUUUAUGGUCUUGUUGAAAUUGACAAGGCUGUAUUACUCAUGCGACGCUAUGGGAACAACCAUCGUAUGGUUGCAAUGUGUGUCGCCCUAAUGGCAGAUAAUGACAGGGAGCUGGACGAGGAAGACAAGUCAGCUUUGAAUAAUGACCCUGUGGCUAAGAAUGUGAUUAUGAAACUCAAAGCUGAUGAAAAACAACAGAAAGAAAAACCUGCCGAGUCAUCUGGAUCCUCUGGUGCAAGACCAUCAGCACAAGCUCAGGGAAAGGAGAAGGAAAAACCCGAUGAUGAUGAUAAGGAUAUAACGGAUCUUGGGGAUCGUCUACGGGUUCUGCCAUUAACAGAAGAGAACAAACGAAUGUUUGACCUGGCGCAGGCAAACCAGAUCCCUUCUGUCAUCCAUCAGUUUGCCUGCGAGUCAUGUGACAGGGACUGGUGGCGACGUGUGCCUCAGAGGAAAAGGGUGUCGCGCUGUCAUCGAUGCAAGAAGAAGUAUGACCCUGUCCCAGCCGACAAAAUGUGGGGUAUAGCAGAGUUUAACUGUCCAAACUGCGCUCGGGCCUUCAAGGGUUUUGGUCGGAUGGAUGGACGUUCCCCUUGUUACGGCUGUCGCUCAGCCAUUUUCCCCUCUAAGAUUCUUCCACCAAGGAGGAGGGGCAUGACACCUGGGCCUAGACAAAGAAAUCAGCACAGCUGCCUUGCUGAAGACUGUUAUAAUCGAAUGGAGCCCCAUGUGCCUGGUACCGAAUGCGUUCACCCGCACAGCAGACAGAAGAACAGAAAGCCACGUGUGGUGUUCCCCAGCCCCGCUCACAUCAGCAGCGGAUCCACCGUCAACACCUGUCUGAGUCAGGGCAGUCUGAUAGAAAGCAUCGACCAGCUCAUUCUAGAUGACAUUGAGGAAGAGUCUGACGAAGACUCUGACAGCAGCAGCUGAGACAGCAGCGGAAAUCAGUGUGAAUGACUGACGUCGCUUUGAACCAAACAUGCUCUUUCAAAUGAUUCACUCAAAGGUGUAAGCAGCCUGAAUAUUGACAUAUGUCAUGCACUGCAGGCUGUAUGAACACACACCAAACAAUUCAGGUAAAACAAUCAAAAUAAGGAAUGAUUGACGAUGGACCA